AACAAAUUCUUUGACUCAGAAUCAUUGAAAUAAACAGAAUUGAGCUGAAAUCUUCACUCAAUUUUCUGUUAUCAUACUUAACCCUCUUAUUUUUUUUCCAUUGUUACGAUAAUUCAGUCAAUCAAAAGUUAUCAGGAAAUACAUUGUGUCUAAAUUACCAUCAUCAUCUCUAACCAUCCAUAAUUAGUAGUCUAAAUUAUCAACAAUCAAUAAAUUGUAACAACAAUCUCGAGGAAAAAAAUAUCUGGUUCCUUGUUUAUGUUAUCAUUUUAUUUUCAUCUUAUCAAAACAAUCUCAUUCUAUCAGCCAUUUAAAUAUUUGCCUUCCUUAUGACAGUUCACCUGAAACUGUCAUCAUCUUCAUCUUCAUCAUCAACAGUUUCAUCUUUAUCUCCAUCAUCAUCAUCAUCAUCAUCAUCUAUCAACAGUAACAACGUGCCUAUUACAUUAUCUAAUGAUACAUAUGUAUUUUCAAGUGAUUCCGUGAGUGUUUACAUGAAUCAUUGUUAUUAAAUUAUUUCCAUUCAUUAAGAGUUAAUUUCACACACCCAAAUAAUUAGAUAAUCAUUAACAAUUAUCCAUCCAGGAAAUUUGAAUAAUUUAAUUGGAAUCAACUUUAAAUCAACAUUAAACUAAAUGUAAAUGUUUACUUUCCAUCCACAAGUUAAAUUAUCGAGAUUUAAAGUUUGCAGAAAUUUUUUUUCUUCCUCUUGAUUAAUCAAUAUACUCUUCGCGAUUUGGUUAAUUGUUUACAAUUUGCUUCAUGUUUUCUUUAUUUUUCUCUUGCUGUUAAAUGCAAUCAGUGUUUAUUUGCAAUUCUAUUGAGAAUUCAGAAAUAAAUCAGAUAUUAGUUUGUGAACUUUAUCAUGAAUUUGAACAAGGAAUCAAUUGAAAGGUCACUUCUUGAUUCAGAGAUGGGAUUAUCAGGUGGGAUUGACGGUAAUCCUAAAUUACAACAUCAAUCACCACAAUUUAAUCAACAACAGGGUUCAAAUAUUGAUCCAUCUCAACCUCAAAUCCAACCACAAUCCCAACAACAGUCACAACAAGUUGCUGGUUUAAAUUAUGCUCGAAAUAUUGAUUUGACACUUUCAGGUUCGGGUAAAUCGCCUCGAGGUAAAAAACUGUUCACCGGCAUUGGUGAAUCAGUUACAUCGUCAAUAUGUUCUAGUCAAGGGAUACCCGGUUUAACUUCAAACACGGUUGGUCUUAUAACGGGAUCGGGUUGUGAGUCUCAUCGAAAGUUAAUUAAACGGAAAAGCGGUGACAGUGGUAAGAAUGUUAAAAAUAGUCCAACUCUUGGGUCAGAGAAAGGGUUUAAUGGUAGUGGUCAUCAUAAUCAUCAUCAUCAUCAUCCAACUCCCCAUCAUCAUGUAAGCUCCACUCAUGGUGGGGUAGCCUCACAGGCCAGUCUUCCGUCCAAUCCUUAUAAACCUUUAAAUGCAUUUGAAAAGUCUUACUUACUCGCCGUUGAGAGAGGUGACCUGGGUGGUGUUUCUCGAAUGCUAAGUACGGCACCCGAAGAUUUUAACAUUAACUGUUGUGACCCAUUGGGUCGAAGUGCCCUUCUCAUGGCCAUCGACAAUGAAAAUCUGAACAUGAUCUGCGCUUUACUUGAUCAAGGUGCCGAAAUGAGAGAUGCUCUUUUGCAUGCAAUCAAUGAAGAGUUUGUUGAAGCCGUUGAACUUUUACUCGACCAGGAAGAUGCAAUUUGGGAAGAGGGGACACCCCAUUCAUGGGAAGCGAUCGAGCGGGAAACUUUCACCUCGGACAUAACCCCGCUCAUCUUGGCCGCACAUAAAAACAAUUAUGAGAUAAUUAAGAUUCUUCUUGAUCGAGGUGUCUCACCGAUCCCUUCACCACACGAUGCUCACUGUGGCUGUCGGGAAUGUCGAGAGGCUCGAGCCCAAGAUUGUCUCCGUCAUUCAAGAUCACGAAUCAACGCUUACCGAGCAUUAGCUUCACCCUCACUUAUCGCACUUUCCUCAAAAGACCCGAUUCUAACCGCUUUUGAACUAAGUUGGGAUCUUCGUCGUCUCUCUUUCCUCGAACCCGAAUUUAAAACUGAAUAUCAAGAACUGAGAAAACAGUGUCAAGCUUUUGCCACCGCUCUUCUUGACCAUACACGAACCACCCAUGAACUUGACGUUCUCCUAAACUAUGACCCAACCGGUGACACCUCUGAUUCUCAUGGUAAAAUGAACCUUUUACGCCUUAAAUUUGCCAUUCGAUGUAAACAGAAAAAGUUUUGUGCCCAUGCGAAUGUACAACAAUUAUUAGCUUCCAUUUGGUAUGAGGGUUUACCUGGUUUUCGUCGGCGUAACAUUGUCGUUCAAACCGUUGAGAUCCUUUUGAUUGGCCUUCUAUUUCCGUUCCUAUCACUUGCAUACAUCCUAUUUCCGGGUACAAAUAUUGGUCAAGUGAUUAAAAAACCUUUCAUCAAGUUUAUCUGUCAUUCAGCAAGUUACGUAACCUUUUUGAUAUUAUUGGCCUUGGCUUCACAACGGAUUGAGACAAAUGCAUUUGAUAUUUUUGGUGUUUCGUCAAAGGAAGAGGCGAUUACCAAACGAGGGGCACCGCCGACACUCAUUGAGCUCAUGGUUUUAGCUUGGGUCAUAGGGUUAAUCUGGAGUGAGAUUAAACAAUUAUGGGAACUUGGAUUAAUGGAUUAUCUAAGUGACAUGUGGAAUAUAUUAGAUUUUAUUACUAAUUCACUUUAUGUGGCUACAAUUACAUUACGAGUCAUUGCCUACGCACAAGUGA